GGCCACAUCCAACCAAGUUCGCGGACUCUUUUCCAUUCACCGAACACGCCCUGUCCGCUGUUGUCGGGAGACGAUGGCCAGCUCGGGAAUGCAGCUCCUGGGUUUCUUCCUCUCGCUGGUCGGCCUCGCCGCCACCGUUGCCGCCACUUUCAUGGUUGAAUGGAAGAGGCAGGCGCAGGGCAAGACGCACCGCAUCUACGAGGGCUUGUGGAUGAGCUGCAGCGGCAACGAGAGAACGACCUGCGAAUUCCACGAGUCCCUCCUAAAGCUGCCAACUGAAGUCCAGGCUACCCGGGCAGUGAUGCUGAUCAGCAUCUUCCUCUCUGCCGUGGCACUGAUGGUCUCCACAGUUGGGAUGAAGUGCACCCGCUUCAUGGAUGGCAAGUCUGAGAGCAAGUCCACAACAGCUAUGAUCGGAGGAAUAAUGUUCAUGGUUUCAGGUUUAUUGACCCUCAUCAUCACCUCCUGGUAUGUCAAAAUGAUUGUUCAGACCUUCCAUUCAUCCCAUCGCCUGCAAAGCUUCGAGUUUGGUAAGGCAGUGUUUGUCAGCUGGGCUGGUGGCCUCCUCACUAUGGCCGGUGGCGCUUUCCUCAGCUGUCGGCGAUGCUCACGGUCCGAGUCGUCCGAGUCCAUAAGCUCCAACCACCUCCUGCCCACCACCAACCCCAAGUCCAACUACGUCUAGUCAGGAGGGCACAGGAGAAAGGUUGGCACAGUCUGAGGAAAUGUACCACUGUGGGACUGUUAUGAAUAUACUACCUAAAUUCAACAAUUAAUUAUGAGCAAGAUCGAGCUGUGUGAAAUGACUUGGAAUCUAAUUUAUCGUGUGGGUGCAAACAGCCACAGCUGUAGCUUGUCCCACUGUCAGGUGUGAGGAUGUGAAGGAUUCAAUGUUUAAAUUACUUACCAAUAACAACAAAUUAUUUGUAUUUUUUUUUUUAAAUCUACAUGUCCAGUUUAAACCCAGUGGACUGUUUCAGCCUGUUUGUAUAUGUGUGAAAUCAUGAAGUUACUCUUCACAACUACCAAUGACGAACACUCGUUUGAAUAGUUUACAGUUUAGCCAUGAAGUUUUUACACUCUGUAGCAGGAUUUCUGUACUCUAAUGGUGUACUUUCCCAUACAAAUCCUUCCCCUUACCUCUUCAGUUCCACACUGGUGUU